AUGUUUCCAUCUGAUGUCCAGGACUGGGAGCCAGCCAGUGAGGCUGUAGACCAGACCAGUUCCGCAACUGACGAUGCCCGCGAGACCACGCCGCCAACAGAAGAUCAAGAUGGGGCCAACAAAAGGAACGCCGCCAAAGACAACCCAGUGGUCAAUACUGAGCCAACGGAACCGCCUGCGAAGAAGAUGAAGAGAGGGAAAUAUAUAUCCAGAGCUUGUACUUCCUGCCAGCAGCGCAAAAUCAAGGUUGGUGUUCAUUUCCAGCUGCUCUCCUUCAAUGUCGAUAUGGAAGGCAAUCCUGACGACAUCAACCGCGAGGUCUUAGUUCGCCUAGAAGCUGUUGAACGCCAUCUACGUCUGAUGAGACCACCCACUCCCGAUCUGUCCAGAUCAACGAAUGACUAUGCAUCAGUCGAAGACCAGCUCAAGCCUUCGGCAGCCAAACUACAAAGUGCCCUGGAGACAGAGGGACAAACGUUUGCAGGAGAGAUGACUAUGACUCCGACACUUGAAGACGAGAACGACCCAAUGGAUUAUCAAAGCUCCGUAUCGCCGGCAAUGCGAAUAGACAACACUUCUCCAGCAUCCUCUCUUCUUCCACCAGCAACAGCAACAUCACCAAAUGAUACGACUGGUAGAAAAGGCGGAUGGUUUGAGCGGAUAUUAACUCGGCACGGGGUCAUGACCGAUGAGAGACAGUGCAGAUAUCACCUACAAGUCUUCAUGGACGAGGUGCACCCGAUGUAUCCGGUCGUUCAUCCCCCGGCAGUCUGGGAUAUCUUCAACGAAAUGUGGCAGCACCCAGCGAUCAGUUCCUCGGUCGAGUCAGCACAAAGUGAGCAGCUCCGGGUCUCCGUUGCCCUGGUGUGCUUUUGCCUAGCUCUUGGAAGAUGCAGUAUGUCAGCAAGAAUGAGUGACCGUAGCGGCGUUGAAUCUUCUGGCUGGAGUCUGUACAGUGUGGGAAUGAGUCUGCUUGGUGAUCUGCUCGAGACCACUAACACGGCUAUAAAGUCACUGCUCAUGUUACAAGUACUGAUAGUAAGGAUAAUUUACAUGUUCCGACUAGACGCCAAUCAGAAAGCAGCCAGAGUACACGCCUUGAGUGUAUCAGUUGCGCAGACAAUAGGCUUGCAUCGUCAGAGCACCAUCGAGAAAAUGCCGGCUUAUUACAACCAAUUAUACUCACGUGCCUGGUGGUCUUUAUAUCUGCUGGAUCGACGACUGGCGCUAGAGUCCGGCAAACCAUACAUGAUCCAAGACAGCAACGUUGAUACGGCUUUGCCAUUGGAUCUGAGCGAUGAGUGGAUGACGCGAUUUGCGUCGAGAAAGGAGACAAUAGCAGACCUUGACCAAGAAAUAAUUGUUGAGACUGGCAGGGAUUCGUCACCUUCAUGCAUUCCUUAUGUUAUUGCCAUGGUGCGUUAUUGCCGUAUAGCUGGUAAGACGUGGGAGGUUUUAUACGGCGUUAAGUCGUCUACUGCUUCAAUGCCAGCCAUGAUCCAAUAUGUUGAUACGGCUAUCGGAAAGUUGCUCAACACAGUUCCGAUAUGCUUGAAAUAUGACCUCGAUGCUCCUUACGAGUCUCAGUUUAGCCUCCAUGGUCGGUGGCAAGUAAAGCAAACCUUUCUCUUCAAUAAUUGCUGCACAUACCUGCGUCUCUUGAUAAGACGACCACUAUUGCCGAGUUCCAGCGCUAUUCACCACACAGAAGAGGAUGACCUUGAGACUUCGAUCGAGUGUGCUAGCCUCGCUGCCCGCAUUCUUACCACUCAUCAAAGCAUACAAGACGAUGGACUCAAGUACAGCUUUGCACUCAGCCACUACGUCACCAGCUGUGCACUUGUCAUGGUCGGCUUGGUGUCGAGGGAACCGGGCUCCAAGAGAAGGUACGGGGGUCUGAUACUCACAGCCACCCAGUGUUUGAACGAGUAUUGCCAGAGGAUUUGGGUCUCUGGCAAGAUGAUGCGUUGUGUUUCUAGACUCAGCCGGCUUGUUGGGCGUGUUCUGGCUUCGGACUCGCAAGGAGGGCUGGACCGCCAGAGUCCACCGGGUAUGAGGCGAAGCUCAAUGGCAGAUACUUUGACGCAGCACCUGACGCCACCCCAAACUGAAGAUCAAGACUCCGUGCGAUACAGAACAGGGACUUCCAGCAUAUACCGAACCCAGACCAAGGACAGGAGAAUCGACAUUGCUCAAAGGAUGCAAAAGGAUCAAGAAUUAGACUGUUAUUCAUUCAACACUGACUCUCUGGGCCCAAUGCCUGAAGGAUCGACUGCCGGAUUCAACAAGCUACCCACAUCCUGGAUGGGCAAUUCGAACCUUGACCGUCGAAACAGCUGGAUCAUGUCGGACUUCAAUUUUGAGACUCUGGGAGAGCGCUUUGGUCCCAACAACGCCGAGCUGGCAUCAUUUAUGGAGAGUGAUAGCCUUGAUUUUACCCGAGGCAUGGGAAUGACUUCGAAUAUUGAGAGAGGGUCUGCUGAGGCGAGGCUAGGCACUCUGGGUAUUAAUGGUGUUUUUGAUCUUGAUAUGGAUAUGUUUCCUACUAUGAUGAACUUGUAUGGAAGUUAG